UUGUGACAUAUAAACGUGAAAGUGCAACAUGCAGAGCAGUGUCUGUUCUCCAUAAAGGGAUAUAUAAGGUGUCAGUGUACAGAGCUCAAUAAAGUUAUUAGGUUUUGAAUCAACAUGGCGGCAUACAGGUUGCGGUGGACAACGAGAUGUCUUUUAAGACUUACAUUCAAAGAGACAAGUUUGUGGAGAGGAGUUUGGUGUGGACUGUUUAAGGCCGUUAGAGGACAUGCAUCUAUAUCAGCACCUUGGGCUGCUCAUGGAGGACUCAUCAGCCACUAUGACAGUCUUGUCUGCUCCGGUUCACUGCAAGAGGAUGAUCAACAAAGAGCUGCACUUCGUCAGUUAGAACAGUUAAACAGAGUGAUGACAGACUAUACCAACAUCCCGAUCCUUCUCCCUCAACCUAAAGACUGUUUACAUAGUCAUCCCACCUCAGAACUGAAGAAUAAUACAAGUAAAGUAAACCUUUGCAGUCCUGAAGAAAAGAUGUCAGAUAUUGACAGAGAUGUUGACAUCACACAAGAGGUGUCCCCAAAGCCACAUCCUCCCCACGGCUACUAUAUCCAUGGUGAUGUUGGCACUGGAAAAACAAUGAUGAUGGAUCUUUUUUACUCAUUUGUGGAAAACAGAAGAAAAAGGAGGGUUCAUUUCAAUACAUUCAUGUUAGACGUACAUAGAAGGAUCCACAAACUGAAACAGAGCCUGCCAAAGCGACGGAUAGGUAAAAUGACAAUGUAUGACCCCAUCUUUCCGGUUGCCAUGGAGAUCGCAGAGGAAACCUGUCUCCUAUGCUUUGAUGAGUUUCAGGUGGUGGAUAUAGCCGAUGCUGUGAUUCUGAAGCAGUUAUUUGAGGGUUUGUUCAAGUGUGGGGUCGUGGUUGUGGCAACCUCAAAUCGACCACCUGAAGAACUGUACAAAAACGGGCUUCAGAGGACUGCUUUUGUGCCUUUCAUUGGCGUACUCAAGGAGCACUGUCAUACCGUCAGUCUUGACACUGGAAUAGAUUACCGGACAAGGGAAAUGGAAGCAGCAGGAAAACUAUACUACAUAUCAAGUGAGCCUGAUGCAGAGAAUGCUGUCAAUACACUGUUUGAGGAACUGGCAUACAGACAAAAUGAUGUAACUAGGCCAAGGGUGCUGAACGUGCAAGGAAGAGAAGUAACCCUGAGCAGAACCUGUGGAACCAUUGCAGACUGCACCUUCCAAGAGCUGUGUGAGCGACCAUUGGGUGCAGGGGAUUAUUUAGAAAUCGCACGGCAGUUUGACACGGUCAUCAUACGGAAUGUUCCUCACUUUCGAGUCGGAAUGAAAGACCAGGCUAGACGCUUCACGACACUCAUUGACAACUUUUAUGACCAAAAGGUUAGAGUGUCAUGUGUAGAUAAAAUCUCACUGGUUCAUUUUAAUGAGCCUUGGUUCUUUGCUAAUUCCUGUAGAAAGACAUUUGUAAUCGUUCAUCAGACCUUCAUUUAUUUUGCUCAGGAGGUCAGUGAGCGGCUGACAUUGUUCACAGCAGAUGAAGAGGUCUUUGCCUUCCAGAGGACAAUAUCUCGCCUCACAGAGAUGCAGACAGAACAGUACUGGCUAAGUGGGGAUCGGAGUCAAACAUGAACUGAAACUCCCUUGCAGUAACCAACUACCUCUUAAUAGAGUCUUUGUCGCCUCCAAAAACAUUUGAGAUGGUACAUUUCCAUUACCAACAGACUCUUAAGCCUUAUCUUAUUACUUUAAAAGCAAUUGGAAUUGUCCAUAUUCUCACAUCACCAUUAAUAUGUAAAACAAAAUAUCAUGGACUGCAGGAGGACAAUGCAUAUGUUGCAAAAUAAGAUGAUGUGUAGCACCCUCUAGUGGCUCGUGUAUUCUGUUGUAUUUAGUACGGUACAUUAUGUACUUUGAAAUACUCUUACUGUGGGAGAGGGAACAAUAUAUUUAUAUU